AUGAUAAAUUUCUGCGUAAAUGUCCAGUACUCUUCCAGUAUUUCGGAUUCUGAUGAGAGGAUAGAUAGAAUCGGGUCAGAUCUAAAUAUAACUGCUACAGGAAAAUUGGAUAAAGCAGUUUUUGGCAUGACAAAUUAUGCCUCAGACAUAUCCCAGUGGUAUUCAUUACUGGAUAAUUUAUUGUUAGAUGAAGAAAAACGGGAAGAACCGUUUGAAAAUUGUCACGCAGUUAAAUUUUAUUGGAUGUCGCCUUCGACUUCACGACGUUCAAAUGACUGCAACCUAGCGUUAAUUAUUGCCGAAACAGAAUAUGGUGAAAGGUAUGUCCUGAUAGGUUUUUCUAAUAUUCUUGGAGAUAAAGAACACACAAUUGUGUUGAGAGGAAUCAUUCAAGUACUACCAGAUGCGCAGUCUGCAUCACAGCUAUCAUUUGUAUGGACUGAGAUGCCCCAAAAUCGAUCUAUGUUUAUUGCGCUGAUCAGUUUGACUUCUCAACCAUACGUCACAAAAACUAGAAAUAUAAUGAAGGAAUUAAACAGCUGCAUUGGAAGAUCACAAAUCUCGAAACUAGAAACGAGUAGUGUAAGAAAUAUAAGAGAAUUCGAACACUUGGAUCAGAAAGCUGGUCCGGAAAAUUAG